AUGCCCAGCGUGAUGUUGCCCGGAGCUGUCAAUGUGCAGCGGGCAAGGAGCAGCAGCAACAGAACCCAAGGAUACUGUUGAAAAGGAGCAAUUGACUGAGGAAGAGACUGGGCUGCUACCUGAUCCAAUUAUUACCUGAACCUUCAGGAAAGUCGUUAUCGAUCCUUGGAUUAAAGCAACUUGUUUGAGGUUUGCAUCAUUUCCUGCAGUUCCCUGAAUCCUCCCACUGUUGAGGCGGUUUGCAAUUGUAAUGCAUCAGUUGCAGAGCUGCCAGUCUGUCCGAAGGACCACAGCUCGACCUGUGACUCCAGUAAAGAAAGCAUAUUCUACAGCUGAUGAACUCAGGACUGUAGAAGAAGGUGAUGGGGACUUUUUUGAAAAACUGAUUGCCAUUCAGCAGAAGCAGGAAAAUAUGCAGCAUCAUGACUAUACACAGCAUCUGGGAGAUUUAAGUGAGUCCCUCCCUCUUCAAGCAACUGGACACAAAGACAAGCUGGAGAUACCACAUGGAGAGUUGCUGUUGCUGUGUGAGAAUGUGCUGUACACAGUUAUCCACCGAACUGGUGUCCCCUCUACAACACACAUCACAGACCAAGAUGAGAUGCUUCGCUAUCUGCAGAAGGUCUUCAGGCUUGAUGAGAAUGAAUUUGAGGCUGUGAUGCACCGAGUGAAAGAAGCAAAGGUGCCCUCCUGGACCCUGAAAGUAAUUGUUGUGGAGGCAAGAAACCUACUAGCCAAAGAUGCCAAUGGUUUCAGCGAUCCCUACUGUAUGCUGGGAAUCACAAUGGGUCAGACCACUCGGGAAACAGAAGAGAAGAAGGAGCGGAAAUUCAGCUUUAGGAAGAAAAAGGAUAGGAUGGAAAAGAAGUCGAGCCUCAGAGAAGUACUUCCUGCCAAGUACAUUCAGGCCACAGAUGUCAAAUCAAGCACUCUGAAUCCAGUGUGGAAUGAGAGCUACAUGUUUGAUCUGGAUGACCUUCAUAGUGAUCAGCUCCACCUUGAUAUUUGGGACCAUGAUGAUGAAGUCUCAGUGGUAGAGGCUUGCAAAAAUCUAAAUCAGAUCAGUGGGCUCAAAGGAAUGGGAAGAUACUUCAAACAGAUCGUGAAGUCUGCUCGAACUAAUGGCGCCAUGGGAUCUCAGGAAGAAAACGAUGAUUUCCUCGGUUGCCUGGAUAUUCCAAUUAGUGACAUUCCAGUUGGAGGAAUCAAUGACUGGUUUAAACUGGAGCCUCGAAAAAGCUCUUCUCGAGUACAAGGAGACUGUCACCUCAUCUUAACGCUGAUCAUGUCACAGAGAGAUACGGAGCUGUGUAAGAGGAUGUGUGGUAUGAGAAUCCAUGAAUUGUUGCUGAGGCAACUGUUGGAGAUUGAGCACUCCGAUUUCCAGGAUGACCAAAACAGCUGGUCUGGCAAACUCAGCAAACAUGCUGUGACCAUUCUUGCCCACCAUGCCAUGCAAUUUGACCUUUCAUUUCUCCAGAAAGCAGCUGUUGAGUGGCAGGCAUACAGCAAGCACCACCAGCUCCACUUCAUGGACAGUGCUUUCCUUCUCCACCUCCUUGAGGAACUGGACCAGAUGUUCCAGCCUGGUGUUCUUACCAAAGAUCAGGAGGAGUUCCUGAGUGACAGUUUUGUCCUCUUUAUUGACUACAACUGGGAGCUGCUCCAGAGAAUGAAGCAAGUCUUUCCCUUUAAUUGUCCGACGGCAUUACGACAGCUGGAACUGAUGCUGAGGUGUUUAUCGAAGAUUUAUUCCAUGGAAGCCUUUAAUGUGGUCUGUCCUUUACACAACCAGCUCCAUGUGGAGAUUGUUGCCAUAGUGAAGAAAUUCACAUUUGACUGGUAUAAGAAAAUGUGUGACACCUUCAAACCAAACCUUAAGUCUGGACUGACUAAGCAGAUGAGACUGGUACAACUAGUCGAUGCAGUUUGUACAGAGCUACAUAAAGAUCAAGAAAAGUACAACCAAAUAUUUGUCAGUGUUUUGAAGAUUGAUUAUUUCAGCAUCAACUACCAACAGCUGGAGAAACUGGUCGCAGAUGAUAUUCUCAUGCUGAUGGAGGAACUGGGGACAACCAUGGAACAGGAGAGGUCAAGAAUGACGCAGGAGAUGGGGGAGACUCUAUUUGAGCUGUACCUGUCACUCAAAGAGCUGAAACGAUUCAAGGAAUACCUUCAAUUAAAAGACUCGCAACUUCUGGCACUCACAAAUUUCCACGAUUGGUUUCAGAUGUCCAUUAACAAGUGGCUCCAAAUUGUUUAUGAGAAGUCUUGUGAACGUAUUACGAGGGCAGUGUCAGUGGAUCAGUUUGAACCUGUUGACACAUUGUCUAAACACAGCAGCUCAGCUGUCGAUGUAGUGACUUGCUUCACUCAGAUCAAGAGCUUCUGGUUGCAGCUGGCCUGGCCUGACCCAAUGGGGGCAUUUGUCUUUGUAACAAAAAUUACUGAUGAUAUUUGUAAUGCAGCUGUGAUGUACUCAGAAAAGGUGAGACAAAAAGCAGACAGUCAAAAGAAAAUUACGCAACAGCUGUGCAUUGCCUUGAAUAACAUUCAGCAUGUACACUCAUACACCUGGAAUCUGCCGAAGGAAUUAGACUGGCAGGGAGUGGAAGCUUCCAUGGAGCAGCUCUGUGGGCUGGAAGGGAAGCAGCAGGUACAGAGAGCCCUGGGCACCCAACUACAAAGCAUUGACGCAGGCAUGCAGAGGCAGUCUAAUUAUAUGAUCAACCAGCUCGUCGAAAAGAUGGUCACUGACUUGCGAAAAUACAUUCAGCACAUCAGUCUAUCACCAGACUCCAUCCAGCCUGAUGAGGCUGUCUGUCCUCUUAUGAAAUUCUUAGAUGACAAUCUAAUAAUCCUGAGCGAAUGGCUUGUGAUGGAGAAUCUCAGAAAGAUACUGAGUGCGUUGUGGACACUCUUGUUGGAUUUGAUCACUGAGGCAUUGGCUAUAAAUACUGGAAUGUCUACCGAAUUCUACGAGCGAUUUCACUUCACUCUGGAGGCUCUUGUGGUGUUUUUCCAUGCAGAAGGGCAGGGAUUGCCACUUGACAGCCUGCAGAAUGAUAAAUAUAAGGCUCUGAAGGAAGAGCUGCGUCUAAAUAAAUGCUCAACGCAAGAGCUGGUUGAAUACUCUUACCAGGCCAAAAUCCGUCAACAGAAAUCCACUGACCCAAGCCUGUAUGGGAUGCUGUGCAUCAAAUGUCACUAUGAAGCUGCUGAAUCCAAACUGUGCAUAGAGGUCUUACAUGCUACAAACCUGAUUGCCUUGGAUGCAAAUGGUCUCAGUGAUCCUUUUGUCAUCAUCAAACUUGCUCCGCUCCACUUCUUCCCAGGGUCAAAGAGUCAGCAAACACAAGUCAAGAAUAAAACGCUACAUCCGAUCUUCGAUGAACUGUUCAUCUUCACUGUAACACAAGAGCAGUGCAGUAACAACACUGCCUGCAUUCACUUCACAGUCAUGGACCACGACUGGCUCUCCACCAAUGACUUUGCAGGAGAGGCUGUUUUGCAGCUGCAGGAAGUUCCUGGGUUCAAUAAACCCGCUAUUGCUGGAGGAAUAAAAAAUGUUUCCCCAAUAUUUCUGAAACUGACGCAUCCUGAACCCAGCGUGAUGAAACCAAUCAUGAAGAUGCUGGAGGGCCGGACCGCUGAUAGAGAAGCACAGGACUUUGUUAAGAUGAUGAAGGAGCUAGAGGUGUCUCCGGAUUAA